CUCUGCCGCUCACGAAUCUUUGAGGCUACCAGCCGGGCCCGUCCACCUCGCGGAAGGCCUUCGUUGGUUCUUCGGUCGGAAAUCUUCCCCCCAGAGGCCCGGCCCCGGCUGACGCUCCCCCGGGGCCCUCAGCGGCCGAGGUGGAGCGCCAGGGAAAGUGAGGGUGUCGGGCUCGGGAAACCAGAAAAUGUCAGGUCGGAGCGGAAGAAAAGAGCGAAGAGAGUGAGUGCGGGAACACACUGGGCCCUGUGUAUUCUGGGAGGAGUUGGCAGCGACGUCCGAGGCUGAGAGACUCCUAGCGGUGCAAAGGGACGUGCCCGGAGUGGAGAAAUCAUGCUAAUUGUCUGCGCCAGAGCCCAAGAGCACGACCCAAAAUGAGGAGAGAGAGGGGAGCCCUGUCCAGAGGCGCCCGGCGGCCGGUGUCCCUCAUCUUCCUCCUCCUGCUCCAGUCAGGGCGGCUGGCGGCCGUGAACAUCACCAGCCCGGUGCAGGUGGUCCACGGCACGGAGGGCCGAGAGGCCCUGCUCUCCGUCCAGUACAGCAGCACCAGCAGCGACCGGCCGGUGGUCAAGUGGCAGCUGAAGCGCGACAAGCCGGUGACGGUGGUGCAGUCGGUGGGCACCGAGGUCAUCGGGACCCUGCGGCCCGAGUACCGCGGCCGCGUGCGGCUCUUCCCCAACGGCUCCCUGCUGCUCAGCGGCCUGCGCCCGGCCGACGAGGGAGCCUACGAGGUCGAGAUCUCCAUCACCGACGACACCUUCACCGGCGAGAAGACCAUCAACCUCACCGUGGACGUCCCCAUCUCGAAGCCGCACGUCGUCCUGGCCUCGUCCACGGUGCUGGAGCUGAGCGAAUCGGUCACGCUGACAUGCGCCCACGAGAACGGCACGAAGCCCAGCUACACGUGGCUGCGGGCCAGCCAGCCACUCAGCAACGACUCGCGCCUGCAGCUGUCCGCCGACCAGAAAGUGCUGACCAUCACCCGGGUGCUGCUGGCCGACGACGACGUCUACAGCUGCCUGGUGGAGAACCCCAUCAGCAAGGGUCACAGCGUCCCCAUCAAACUCACCGUCUACCGACGAAGCUCACUCUACAUCAUCCUGUCCACGGGAGGCAUCUUCCUCCUCGUCACUCUGGUGACCGUCUGUGCCUGCUGGAAGCCAUCUCAGAAAUCUGGGACCAAGCGGAAGCUGGAGGCCCAGGGCUCGCUGGACUACAUGGAGCAGAGCGAGGACCAGUUAAAACCGGAAGUUGAGACCCUCCCUCGCUGUGGGGGCGAAGAGCGCAAGAGCCCGCUGGCCCUGUACAUCCUCAAGGACAAGGUGAGGACUCUCCCGAAACCGAAGACACCUCCGCCCCCGACCUCCGGCGCAGCGGCGAGCCGGGUCCGCCCGGCUACUCGGUCUCCCCGGCGGCUCCCGGCCGCUCCCCGGGGCUCCCCAUCCGCUCCGCCCGCCGCUACCCCCGCUCCCCGGUCCGCUCCCCGACCCCCGGCCGGACCCACACGUCGCCGAGCCGCUCCCCGGGCUCGCCGGCCCGCUCGCGCAGCGCUUCGCGCACCCUGCGGACGGCGGCGGGCGUGCGGGUGAUCCGGGAGCAGGAGGAGACCGGCGGAGGUGGCAGGGUGGAGAUCAGCGCUUGAGGCUUCCGGCCGAGGCCCCGGGGGCUGCUGGGAUGCGGCUGGAGGGAUGGGCGUCGGGGAGAGAGGAAGCGCGCGCGACGGCACGUGCCGCACAGGAGGAAAGCGCAGGUCUGCCCCGCUCCGGGAGGGCGGGGAUCGAGCGACAGCGGAGCCGAUAGCUUGGUGAACCUACACCCCAUUCUAUAGGAUCCCCUUAGGGAGCGCCUCAGGCCGCCUCAGACCCCCCUCGGAGUGCAGAGUAGAUUUGGGGUGAGGUCUCCCUCCCUCCAUCACACACACACACACGUACUAACAGCUGUUGUUCCCUUAGCCCUCCUUCACUUCGUGUCUAAUGCCGUGGGGGUGGGACACAGGACAGGGAGGGCUCUGGGCAUGGAGCCAGGUGACUGGCCGCCCGCAAGGGGUAGGCCGUCUCCGGGCAGAGCGAUGCCCUGUGAGUGCCGCGGGCCUCGUGUCUGCGAGCACGGGGACGGAGCUGCCGCGGAAGAGGUCGGGGAGGGGGGCACCGAACCCCCUCCCCCUGCAGACACAGUCCUCGACAGCCACUCGGGCAGCUUCCUGGCAGCCCCUGUUCCCAGCCCCUGUUUCCUCCUCCUGGCCCUGAGGUAAGAAUCCAGCCCAAUCCCCAUUCCUCCCAGUCCCCUCAUCCCUCACCUCCGGCAAAUCCAUGGAUUUUCCAUACAACCCCGCCGCUGGGGGGAUGGGGUGGAGGGGCUGGGAUGCCCAAAUCCCAGGCACCCCAGACCGCGAUGACAGUCAGUGAAUCAGACCUUCCUGGGCAUCCCAUCAGACUGCUCCUGCUACCUUAUCUUGGUGGGCACCAGAGACUGCACCGGCUGCCCUGGACCCGGACGCUCCUGUGAUCUUCGUGGGCCCCACAGCAGACUGUACCAGCUGGUCCGGACACUACACCGGCCUUCGUGGGCACCAGAGACUGCACCUGCUGGCCCAGACAUCC